AUGAGCGGUGAGAAGAAACGUUCUCGGUGGCGUCGUGCAUUACCAUUACGUGAGGAAAGUCGUCGGGUCAACUCGAAAUCUUCGACAACAACCACCAAAACACAAGAAGAGAAACAUACAGAGAAUAUUCAACGUAAAUGGUACAAAAAGCCGAAUGAUAACGCUGAUCAGGCGCAUGAUGUGGCUGUUGAUGACGAUGAUGAUGACGAAGAUAACGAUGAACGUAUUCGACUAUCAUUAUUAUUACCUAAUGAAACGAUUUCCGAAAAAAUCGAUCGUGUUAUUAGAAAAAUUGAUGCAUGGACAAAUGAAACAUCAACAACACGAACAAGAACAACCACAAGAACAACAAAUAAUAAUACAACAAUUAAACAGCAAACAUCUUUCAAUCAAACGAAUGCUCCAGUAUUUAAUUACGAUAAAAUUUAUCGAAGACAAUAUCCGACGAGUCAACCCAAACCUACUUACACUUCGUUAAUUAAUUCCUUUCGGCGACGAUGUUCAUCAUCAACAUACAGCGAUCAAUCAAUAAAUAAAAUCCACCAAAUAUCAAGUCAUCGACCAUAUUCAAUGACAUUCAUCGAUGAACCAUUGCCAAUGACAAACUUACAUGAUCAUCAAUCUUUUUACGAAAAACCAACACGAUCGAUGAGAACAUUUCAGCGGCAAAGUUCACUGGAACCUAAUCAAUAUCAAUAUCAACGUCAAUCGAACUAUCCGACGACGAUACACCCGACUUCGCGUUCAUCAAUGUACGGCUCAGACUUUUUCUUUCCACCGACCUGCGAACAGGAACAACAUGAUUACGAUAAUUUGACAUUUACCGAAAAUUCAUCUCGGCACAAUUACGAACCAUUUCCAACAAUUCUUCUCGAUUGUCAACGCUGCAGUCGAAGUGUCGAACGAACAUCGUUACGUGACAUGUCAUGUCAAGUACCAUCGGACGACGAAACCUAUGAAGAUGUGACAGUCAAACAACGAAAUACCUCCAGAUCAUCACCGGUUUAUGCGUCGCCACAAUCAUCACCCAAAUCUUGUCAUCCACCGUUAGCCGAUACUCUGCUAGCACCAUACCACUCACAUCGAAAGAAUUCACAAUCAUCUUAUGCAAAUGCGCAUAGUCGUUCGAGAUCAGUACCUUCAUCUUCUUCGCCGACAGCGUCAUCCACGGAGAGUCGACCACCGCAUGUGUUACCUUCGUUUAGUCCACUAACCCUCACGUCUGAUUCGAACCUUGUUCCGUCAACAAAUACAUUACUUCAAUCGAUAAAAACUUCGAUUUAUGCAAUGAGAAAACGUCUCAAAGAUAUUCGGCGUUUGUCCGAAUGGGAUUCCAAUGUGACAAUCGUCUUAGACGAUUAUACUGCACGUAGUCCACAAGAAUUAACUGUAAGCAAAGGACAGCACGUACGAAUAGUUCAAAGACAGCUGUCACAUGCGCCGGAUUGGUGUCUCAUACGCGUCCUGAACGAUCACCAUCAACACCAUCACCAUCACAAUCAAUCGAGUCCGUCUUCACUCGCUGCGUCGUCGACAACGAUCACAAAUGUGGUGCCCGACUUAUCGUUACCUUCGAAAUAUAGCGAAGGACUCGUUCCUGUCGCGAUUCUGAAAUUGACCAAGGCGUCCUCGUCGAAUCUUCAACUACCGCCACCAUUAACUCUUCCAAUAAUUACCAAUAAAAGUGAACAAGGUAAUUUUAUUUGCGUUUUCUCAGGCGGAAUCUACAAUUAG